GUUGCACUCCCUCAACGGGCUAUCAGCUGUUUGAGGCAAUUUCGGGAGUUUAUUAUAAAAUUGCUACGAAAAUGUCAAUUGAAAAAGCCCACCGGAUGAGAGCGAUCAAAUGCCCAACGGAUGAGCUGUCCCUGACGAACAAGGCGAUUGUGAAUGUGUCCGAUUUCACGGAGGAGGUCAAAUAUGUGGACAUCUCGCCGGGCCCGGGGCUGCACUACAUCUUCGCGCUGGAGAAGAUCAGCGGGCCGGAGCUGCCGCUCGGCCACGUCGGAUUCUCGCUGGUCCAGCGCAAGUGGGCCACGCUCUCCAUCAACCAGGAAAUAGACGUGCGGCCGUACCGAUUCGACGCCAGCGCCGAUAUCAUAACACUGGUCUCCUUCGAGACGGACUUCCUGCAGAAGAAGACCACCACGCAGGAGCCCUACGACUCCGACGAGAUGGCCAAGGAGUUCCUCAUGCAGUUCGCCGGAAUGCCGCUGACCGUCGGCCAAACGCUCGUCUUUCAGUUCAAAGACAAGAAGUUCCUGGGCCUCGCUGUAAAAACGCUGGAGGCAGUGGAUCCACGAACAGUGGGCGAUUCCCUACCGAAGACCCGGAACGUGCGAUUCGGCCGCAUCCUCGGUAACACGGUGGUGCAGUUCGAGAAGGCCGAGAACUCCGUGCUGAACCUGCAGGGUCGCUCCAAGGGUAAGAUAGUGCGGCAGUCCAUCAUAAAUCCGGACUGGGACUUUGGCAAGAUGGGCAUUGGUGGCCUAGACAAAGAGUUCAAUGCGAUUUUCCGACGCGCCUUCGCCUCUCGUGUUUUUCCGCCGGAACUUGUCGAGCAACUGGGCAUCAAGCACGUGAAGGGUAUUCUGUUGUACGGACCACCAGGCACGGGAAAAACCCUGAUGGCCCGGCAAAUAGGUACCAUGCUGAAUGCCCGCGAACCCAAGAUCGUAAAUGGACCGCAGAUCCUGGACAAGUACGUGGGUGAAUCAGAGGCCAAUAUCCGGCGACUGUUUGCCGAGGCCGAGGAGGAGGAAAAGCGCUUGGGACCGAACAGUGGACUGCACAUCAUCAUCUUCGACGAGAUCGACGCCAUUUGCAAGGCUCGCGGAUCCGUGGCCGGUAAUAGUGGUGUCCACGACACGGUCGUCAAUCAACUGCUAGCCAAGAUCGACGGCGUGGAGCAGUUGAACAACAUCCUGGUGAUAGGAAUGACCAACCGGCGCGACAUGAUCGAUGAGGCCCUGCUGCGACCUGGACGCUUGGAAGUGCAAAUGGAGAUCAGCUUGCCCAACGAGCAGGGUCGCGUCCAGAUCCUGAACAUCCACACCAAGCGUAUGCGAGACUUUAACAAGAUAGCUAACGAUGUGGACAACAAUGAGAUCGCGGCUAGGACAAAGAACUUCAGUGGCGCAGAGUUGGAGGGCCUGGUUAGAGCGGCCCAAUCCACGGCCAUGAACCGGUUAAUAAAGGCGGAUUCAAAGGUUCACGUGGAUCCAGAGGCUAUGGAAAAACUGCGUGUUACGCGGGCCGACUUUCUGCACGCAUUGGACAACGACAUCAAGCCCGCCUUUGGAGCAGCCCAGGAGAUGUUGGACAAUCUGCUGGCGCGCGGCAUUAUAAACUGGGGCCCACCGGUCACCGAACUCCUGGAGGACGGAAUGCUCUCCGUGCAGCAGGCGAAGGCCACUGAGAGCUCUGGCCUGGUGUCUGUUCUCAUCGAAGGAGCUCCCAACUCCGGCAAAUCAGCGCUGGCCGCUAAUCUGGCCCAGUUGAGCGAUUUCCCGUUCGUUAAGGUCUGCUCCCCGGAGGAUAUGGUAGGAUUUACGGAGUCAGCCAAGUGCCUGCACAUCCGCAAGAUCUUCGACGACGCCUAUCGCUCCACUUUGAGCUGCAUUGUGGUGGACAAUGUGGAGCGAUUGCUAGACUACGGUCCAAUUGGACCCAGAUACUCCAAUCUCACGCUGCAGGCGCUACUGGUUCUACUGAAAAAGCAGCCGCCAAAGGGUAGAAAACUGCUGAUCCUGUGCACUUCCAGCCGGCGGGACGUUCUCGAGGAGAUGGAGAUGCUCUCGGCUUUCACGUCCGUCCUGCAUGUGUCCAAUCUCUCAACUCCCGAGCACGUGCUUGCCGUGCUGGAUGAUUCGGAUUUGUUCAGUCCCGAGGAGCUGCAGAGCAUUGCCAGGAAAAUGGCGGGUAAGCGAUUGUGUAUCGGCAUCAAGAAGCUGCUGUCCCUCAUCGAUAUGAUCCGGCAAUCGGAGCCCCACCAGCGGGUUAUCAAGUUCCUCAGCAAAAUGGAGGAGGAGGGCGGUCUGGAAAUGGAUAGGGUGCUAGGGCACUAGCUACGCCUUUAAAUUAAUUUACAUUCCAUUAUCAAACAGCAGGGUGGUUCGAUUUGAUUGAUGCAAACUGAAAAACGGUUGCUUGUCUUUAAAAUUAAAAAAAAAACAAAAAAAAUUUGUGUCGUUACAAAAAUACUUAUUGUUUUGGGAACGUAAGAUAAAAUCAAAUAUUGAGUAUAAUAUUCUAACGCUUUACUUAACCAUGCUAUACUCCGUUUAAGUUCCACUAAAAAAAAAUAUAAUAAAGCGUAACUGAGACCAACUUGUGAGAUAUAGUCAA